GGGCGCGGAAGGCCCCGUGACGCCAUCAAGGCGCGCUGGGCGAGGGGCGGUGCCUUGUCCCCGGGACCCGGAGGUCCCGGAGCUAGCUGAAAUGGCGGACGGCGCGCCGCAGGUGUGGGUUCGCUGUCCCGGCUUCGGUUGCGAGGCAGUGCGAUGUGCCUCGGCCCGGUGCUCCGUACGAGAUGUGAUCCACCGACACUGCCAAGAUCGGGAUGUUCCAGUGGAAUGCUUCUUUGUGAAGUGCAAUGGAUCCCUCGUGGACACCGGUGACGGAGUGCGGCAUGGCGCCGUGUAUAGUUUGGAACCCAGGCUCUGUGGUGGAAAAGGAGGGUUUGGAUCUAUGCUCCGGGCGCUUGGUGCUCAGAUUGAGAAGACAACCAAUCGAGAAGCUUGCCGGGACCUCAGCGGAAGGAGGCUACGAGAUGUCAACCAUGAGAAAGCAAUGGCCGAGUGGGUGAGACAGCAGGCUGAGCGGGAGGCCGAGAAGGAGCAGAAGCGCCUGGAGCGGCUGCAGCGGAAGCUCGCGGAGCCCCGGCACUGCUUCGCCAGCCCCGCAUACCAGCAGCAGUGCCAUGACAUGGCCGAGCGCCUGGAGGACUCCGUGCUCAGAGGUAUGCAGGCUGCCUCCAGCAAGAUGGUUUCGGCCGAAAUCGGUGAGAGUCGGAAAAGACCCCACCAGUCAAAAACGGACCGAGGAGCCAGCGCAGGGAAAAGGAAGUGCUUUUGGUUGGGCAUGGAAGGACUGGAGACGGCAGAGGAGUCCAGCUCGGAGACCUCGGAUGAUGACCGGGAAGGAGCUCCUAGUACUUCAGGAAUGAGCUCCCAUGCUGCAGACAACGGCCUCGAUGGUGUGGAGCCAGCAGCUGGGUGUCCCCGCCACUGCCCUGGGGCGGCCGUGGCCAGUGCAGCCUCUCAGUCCCCGGAGCCACUGCCGGCCCCAGGGCCGGGCUUGGCGCGCGCUGUCUCCGCAGAUGUGUGUGCCGAGUCGGGGCAGAUCUCUGCUCAGGGGCAUGUGGGCAGGACAGUGGCCACGGAGGAGGAGGGAGGGGCAGAGGGCGAAGAGCCCACAGAAGAGGAGGCUGCGGGGAUGGGACCAGCCCAGGAGCCCAAGGCGGAGGCCGAUGGGGACAGAGCUGCCGAGGCUGCGCCUGGAGAGGCUGGGGGGAGCACGCCCGCCGCCAGACUGGAGGGAAGCCCAUCAGGAAACACAGAUACUGGUCAGCAAACUCUCGAUUUGCUGGCUUUCAGCUCCGCGGCAGAGCUGGAGGCGCUGGGUUUGGACAGGCUCAAGUGUGAACUCACGGCCCUGGGACUGAAAUGUGGGGGCACCCUGCAAGAGCGCGCGGCCAGACUCUUCUCCGUCAGGGGCCUGGCGAGGGACUACAUCGACCCGGCUCUGUUCGCCAAGCCUUUGAAGGGGAAGAGGAAAUGA